AUGCUGGGCGGGGACGUGGUGGCUGCGUGGGAGGUGGCGCUGAGUGAUGGAGUUUACACAGUCCAGUUUGCUCACGGUACCACCACCGGGAAAAGGAUUGUUUACGUCAAUGGACAGGAAGUGAUCAGGAAGGACUGGAUGUUCAAACUGGUGGGGAAGGAGACCUUCCACAUCGGCAAGUCAAACACCAGAGCCACCGUAAACAUCGAGGCCGUCAGCGGCUUCGCUUAUGAGUACACUCUGGACGUGGGUGGCAAACGUCUGCAGAGCUUCAUCGCCAACAGAGCCAAGACCACCAAGACAUGGCUGCUGAGUGUGGACGGACACGACUACAGGAUCGUCCUGGAAAAAAACACGAUGGACGUUUGGUGCAACGGGCAGAAAAUGGACACAGUGGGGGAGUUUGCAGAUGACGGCACAGAGACAAACUUCUUGGUCGGUGAACACGAGUGCUGCAUCAAAGCCGCGAGCAGCGGCAAGAAAAACAGCAGCAUCCAUCACUUUUUACUGCUGGACAGAGAGAAAGUUGCAGCUUCUGCACAGUAAAACCGGAUCAGAAACCAACGGGAUCAGAACCACCAGCUGGUCCCCGUCACACACGUCCACAAUCCUACAGAAA